AUGAAUGGGCCGCGUCCAUCCACACGCGCGUUCCUCUCCGAACUCGCAUCUCUCCCAGCGGAUUCCAAGAUCCGCUUUCUUGGCUGUGUGAGGCAGUACAACAUCAGCACAGGUUAUCUGGUCCUGGAACACAACUAUCCACGGAGUAAAGCAGAGCCCAGCGCGGUUCCAGUCGACAUUAACGCGGUGCUGGAGGAUUUGAGAGCCGAUGAUCUCCGGGUGGGCUCCUGGCUGAAUGUGCUGGGUUAUGUGAGAGAGUUGAAGCCGCCUUCGCCAUCUUUCUCGUCGACCCCCGAAGACUCGAAGCAAACACCGGAGACACCCCAAUCUACCAUCUGCAAGGUGCAGUCGCGUCCGGUGUAUGUCGAGGCCAUUAUGGUUUUUCCGGCUGGCGCGAUUGCGCUCGGGGAGUAUGAGCGCAUCCUUCGCGAUCUACAGGCAGUGGAGCGCAGGAUACAGUACUCGUGA